UUUUGACCUACGAUUCUUUCAAACUUUGCAAAGUUUCAAUUUCAUUGUGUUCUUCCUAUUGAAGCAAUUAUUAUAUACAAGCCCAUGUCGUCACAUAGCACUCAUGCUGGUUAAUGUGUUCGUAUCGACGAAUGAACAUCGUUAACGUGGACAAUUGGGUUUAUGUUUUACUGUUAUAGACUCACGUAAUUAUCUAUCAAUGAUACCCGUCGUAUCGUUUGAAGAAGUUGUGUGUUUCUAUUUUUAAUUUAUUGCUUUUUAUUAGGUUGUUAACAUUCUUGGAUUAAUCCAAUAAUGGAGUUGCAGUGCAAAGUUCAAAAUUACGACUGGGGCAAGUUGGGCCUGGACAGUACAGUCGCCAAGUUAUUGUCCAGUGCUCAUCCUGACAUUGCCAUUGACCCGUCCAAGGCUUACGCUGAGCUAUGGAUGGGCACACAUCCCAAUGGACCUUCAAUGAUCAUAGAGCGAGGUGUCCUGCUCUCUGAGUACAUCAAAGACAAUUUGGAUGCUAUUGGACCAGAAGUAAGAAAGAAGUUUGGAGUCACUGUGCCCUUCUUGUUCAAGAUCUUGUCUAUUAGAAAAGCUUUGUCUAUACAAGCACAUCCUAAAAAGGAACAUGCAGAGGAACUUCAUAAGAACUUUCCGGAUAUGUACAAAGAUCCAAACCAUAAGCCGGAGCUUGCCAUUGCUCUGACACCAUUUGAGGCUCUCUGUGGCUUCAGACCAUUGGUGGAAAUCCAGAACUUUCUCAAAAAAUUGCCUGAGGUUGCCAAUAUGUUGUCUAAAGAGAGCAUAGACAAUUUUUUAGCCCAGCAAGAACAAGGAGACAGUCAAAUAGUUCUCAAACCAGUGUUUCACUCUCUGAUGACCAGUGACAAGACUGUGGUGGCAAGCACCUUAAAAGCCUUGCUUGAGAGGUUAGAGAAAGAAGAUGUACCAACACAGUCAUCUCUCCUAUACCCACUGCUAAAACGACUGCAUAAUGACUUCCCUGGAGACGUGGGCUGCUUGUCACCUUACUUCAUGAAUUAUAUGCUGUUGAAUCCAGGACAAGCCAUCUUCCUCAAGCCUAAUCUACCACACGCAUAUUUGAGUGGAGAUUGCGUAGAAUGCAUGGCGUGUUCCGACAACGUGGUUCGCGCGGGCCUCACGCCCAAACACAUCGACGUGCCGACUCUGGUCGACAUGUUAGAUUACAGCAGCUAUGCGCAAGAGCAGCUGUUGUUCAACCCACAGUUAGAAGACUGCAACUCUUGUGUUUGGAGACCACCUGUACCGGACUUCGCUGUUGUUAGAAUAAAGGUGGAAAGCGGAGACUCCUACAACACACAGAACCGGUCCAGCCCCAGCCUGAUCAUCAUCACAUCAGGUCAGGGCGAGGCUUGUGACACAGAGCCCGUAGCUGCUAAGCCAGGAGUCGUCAUCUUCCUCAAGGCCAGUCGCCAGCUGACCUUAACGCCCGCUGAAGGUCAUCACCUCGAAGUCUAUCAGGCUAUCUGUAAUGUAUGAUGACUGAUGGUGUAUGAAGGUCCGUUUCACUAAUUCCAAGUAUGAGUAAAAUUUUAAAGAUAGCACGAGAAAAAAAAGACGAAAAAUGUUGUAUGGACAUUGAAUGACCAUACAACUAAUAAAUGACAUGAACAUGUAAUAUUAAAAUCUUUUAUCUGAAUGAUGUUUUAAAAAGUUCGGUCUUUUCUUGGAAGUAGUAAAAAAGGCCCCUAAUUAAGUAGCUUACUUGUUACAAAUAGUUUAGGAGCGAUUGUUCUUCGAAUAGUUUUUCUUUUAAGGCUUAUUUACACGAACCCAGUAGUCAGGAAGCCAGCAUUAUCCAAGUGGACAUCUAUAAAAACAUUUGAUAUUUUGUACCCAUAAUUCCAAAGUUAUUAGACCUACUUUGUACCCAUAAUUCCAAAGUUAUUAGACCUACUUUGUACAGUAUAUGGCUUACAUCAAAAUGAUCAUUACAUUAUGAAAAUUCAACAUCAUAACUGAGAACCUCCUUUUUGAGAAGUCGGUAAAAAAUAAUGAGUGGUCAUAAGAAAAUAGGUUUUUCAUCCCACCAUCUCGAAAAGAGUAGUUUUACCCUUUGAUAUCUGAGUGUAAAAGCCGUUUUUAUCCUCUAGAGCGGCAAAGUGAUUUGAAUUUAGAACAUCGUGUGCAAUACUCCAUUUGUGA